AUGGAUCACUGUCCGGUAGAGCUAUGGCUCAGGUUCGCGAGCUUGGCCUGCACUGAUGGCGGGAAGACGGGCUGCUCGCUCUCUCUGGUGUCGCGCUACGUGCGAGACGCUACCAAACGUUUCCGCUACCAGUCCAUCGCCAUCAUCAGCGAGCAGAGCCUCAUCUCGUUCGCUCGCCUCAUCCAAAACACGAUCCCUUCCCCGGCCAACAUCUACCACCUCUUUGUC